AUUCUGUCCUCGUUCACACUGCCCGGUCCAAAUCCACCAAACUCCAGCCCCACUAUAACUGCGACAGAGGGAGAGACUCAGGGCGAAAAACUAUCAAGGAACGGACCUGAUGAAUGGAAAAAAACACUCCUGCAUAUUCUCGGUCUCCUGGGAGAGGGAGCAGAGGACCCAGAGCUCCUUACAGAUGUCGAAGCAUCGGCCAGUGUAAAUGCAACCGGAGAGGAUGAUAAAGAGUUGGUGAUUACAAUAAGAAAGAGAAUACAGACUAUAACCCAAAAAUUAGGAUCUUUGACUUUGCAACAAGAUGAGGAGCAAGAUAUCGAGCUGUUUGACUGGACGAACCUCGCUGUCACCCGGGCGGAUAUUCUUGAGCAGCGCUUUAAUUCAUUACUCGAUCGUUUCCGCACAGCCGAGAGUACAAUCAAGUUGCUAAACAAGCAACUGGAGGAGUUUAUAAGCUCAAAAAACCAACAUGAGCAGCAGCUAUUUUCGGGUAUUGUGCAGUUGUUGAAUGAGAAGAAGCUGAAAAUCCGCAACCAACAACGUCUGCUGGCCUCUGCAAAGGUCGAUCCAGAGCGACUCUCCAAGGUGCAGGCAGCUGCGUUCACAGAUAACUCGAGGCCAAAACCAAAGGGAGCAAAGGGUGGAAGACAAAAACGUCCCGCAGCAACAUUAGCCGACGAAUCUAGUGAUGACGGUUUCGAGAAGAUGAGUGUUGAGGACUGCGAAAAUGUCAGUCAGGGUGCGGACGAGGAGACGGCUGACGAAGGACGAUCGACGCCCGAACCACUUGAAGACGAGAGUGGUACAACUGCUGCUGCUGCUGAUGAUGAUGUUGUUGAGUCUGCUCUAAGUACCAGCCGAUCUCAACGAGGAGAUAGUGGGAGCCAAGGGCCGCUCGCACAAGCUACAGCAAACUCGCCCCCGCCGCGAAGGGAGCUUCCCUUUGCGAAGAAAACGGAAAAGGAUCCCGGGCCUGGGCAUCUUUCCUCGCGAGCGUGGCAGGAUUCAGUUGAAUCCGGAGGGGAGACAGAUGACGACGAACUGUAGCUAACGCCCCUUUUACUAUAACCUAUGCCUAUGUGUUAAA